CUGCAUUUUUGCAUCUGCUGCGUAGUUGUUACCUAGAUUCCUGUCUUAGCGAAUAGUUGGUGCGGUUUUAAGUUUAAACAUGUAUUGGGCAUCUGCAAUUUUUGCCUCUUUAUUUCUGAUAUCGUUCAGUUUGGCCGAAUAUAGCGAUCAACAAAGGAUGGCGAUGGAUAAAAUUACCAACAUGUGUCUGGAGGAAUUGGGUCUCGAAAGCGACUCGUUAAUCCCCCAGAAAGCUCAGUACGGAGGGCUGAAAGAACGAGACGAGAUAUCAUCGAAAUACAUUCACUGUGCGAUGAUGCGGUUCGGAUUUAUGGGCCCGGAUGGAAAGUUCAAUUUGAUGGCGAUCGAAGACUUCCUGGUGCCCCAUUACGCUAAGGAGUCUGUGCGGAAGACGCUGGAAGCGUGCAACGAUCAAACGGGCGAUACCCCGGAGCAUAAAGCGUUCAACUUCAAUCAGUGUUUCUUCGAGAAGAAAGAAUUUGAAAUUUGAAAAGAUUUAUAGAAUAAUAAACGAUUGCAUUUGACGUAAAGAAA